AUGCGGUUCGACUUCACAUUCCUUGCAGCGAUACUGCUGUCCAGUACUGCCGCAAACGUUAUUGAACCUCAACAUGCCGUUAGAAUAGAAGACGUCACGCAAGGCGACGACUUGUUCAAGCGAAAAGGUGGUGGCGGUGGCGGCGGUCGAGGAGGAAGUAGUGGCGGAAGCAGCGGCGGCUCGCGAGGAGGCAGUAGUGGAAGCAGUGGGAGCAGCGGCAGUGGUAGUCGUGGCUCCGGCUCAGGUGGUGGAUCGCGUGGAAAUACCGCCCCUGGCUCCAAUGCUGGUGGCACCUCGCGGGGAGGUUCGGGACCUCCUCGUGCAUUUGGCGGCGGUUCCUACUACGGCGGAGGUGCGGCAAGGCCCUACAGAUCUGGUGGCAUUUCACCCCUCGGUGGUGCUGCCAUUGGCCUUGCAGCCGGAGCUCUCCUCUUCUGGCCUGGCCGUUGGCUUUACGGGGCGUAUCUAUACCCUUACCAUAACCACUAUGUCUUCCACAACGCCACCACCAACAAAGAAGAGAGUCUUCCUGUUGUUUGCGCUUGUGGCACGUAUGAAGUAUGCGGCUGUGAUGAGAACAACAGCACAAUGACAGAACUUGUCGGCAACGGCACUUACGAUGCUCUCAACAAGUCUAUCAUCAACGUCGGGGAUUACAAAGGUCAAAAGACGCUCCUCGUCAAUGGAACCCUUCCCAACGGCACCACUGUGGAUGGUCCAGAUGAAGGCGCUGGUGUUGGUGUUGGCAUGAAAAGUUUGGUUGAAGCUGCUGGCCUGUGGCCCGCUGUGGUUUGUGUUAUCGCUGCCAUCUGCCUUGCCUAA